UCUGUUCAUUGCAUGUAUUUGAUCACGUUUCUUUAUUGAUAGGGAAUUUUCAAAAUUAUUUUAUACUAAAAGUGAGAGUGUGCGGUUUUGUUAAAAAGCCGUGAAAUGAAAAAAUAAAUUAAUACAACUGUUAGCGGAUGUUUUAGUAGCAUUGCUGCUAAACACCCGACUUUGAAUUAAUUUUUGCUAUUUUUAAUUAAUUUAGUUCAGGGACAAACUGCAUAACAGUAGCGAAAGUGUUAGCCGGUUCAUAAAGUUAUCGAACUUGUAAGAAACAUUUACAUGGAACAAUUGCAUUUAUUAACUCAGACGAAACUAAAGAAAAAUUAAUUUAAAAUUCCAUGUCAGUAAACAUUAAUAACAUAAUUUGAGCUGGUCUUAUACAUAAAUAAAAGUAAAAAUCCAAUAAUGAGCACCGCAUCACAAUAUAAAAUGGAAACAGUGUUUGAUUACACUUGGAGAGAAGUUGUUGUUGCUUACUGGAAUCGUUAUCCGAAUCCCUCAAGCUCACAUGUUCUCACGGAGGAUACUAUUCGUCGAGAAGUACGGGAAGGCAAACUAUAUUCUCGGCGUUUGUUGUCUAAAACCAAUCCAGUACCUAAAUGGGGAGAGCGAUUUUAUAAGAAUGUGCCAGUUAAAAUUAUAGAAGAUUCAGUACUCGAUCCAAAAAAGAAAACGCUAAUUACUUUUACAAGAAAUAUAGGUUUUAAAAAAAUAAUGAAAGUGGAUGAAAUAGUUGAGUACAGCGAGUUAUCAGAUGGACGCACACUAGCAGUAAGAAAAGCCUUCAUUAGUUCGCAAGUGUUCGGUUUUUCGCGUGCAAUACGUGCUUUUGGUAUUGAACGUCUUUCUGAUAACCAAUCAGGUGUUUGA